GGAAGCAGAGUGAAUGGGGGACCAUUAACUGACGGACCAGACAGCUGCUUUACUAUCUGGCGCCAGUAUGUGAUUCAUACUCGACUUGCAGUCCAUUCAACAUGAACACCGCUGAAAAAUUAUUAAACAUAACACAAAGGGGAAAUAAGAAGAAGCUUGUACUUAUAAAAUGGCUUCAAAAACUGAAAUUACUCUCAAAAAAGAAGAGAUGCUCUCUGUGUGAAAGAAAAAUGAAAAUGAGAAAAGGUGGCAACACAAGAGAUGGAUAUCGCUGGGUGUGUCGAAGACAUAAUAGAUUCAUGUCCAAAUCCAUAAGAGAUGGGUCUAUUUUCUCAGGCUCUCGCUCCUCCUUGACUUCUUGGAUGAUGUUCAUGCAUAGGUUUGCACAAGGGCUAAGACUGAGGCAAGUGGACUUAAUUGAAGAGGGAGUCUGUGGAAGCAGCCGCACUUUGUCCAAGAUGUCCAAGACACUAAGGAGGGUGUGUGUGCAAGCAGUUAAGCACCUGAAGAGGAGGGGGAAAAUGAGAAUAGGUGGAAGACAUGGUUUUGUUGUCAUUGAUGAGAGCAAGUUUUGUCACAAGAGAAAGUAUGCACGCGGGCGAUUUGGUGCUACUUGGCGCAGGAGAGGCUGGGUUUUUGGAUUGUUGGAAGUCAAUCAACGGAGAAGGAGGCCUGUGUUGAAAUUUGUUCGCAGACGAAAUUCUGAAAGACUACUUCCUAUUAUACAGCGAUAUGUUAGACCUGCAAGUACAAUUUUGAGUGACUCUUGGCGUUCCUACUGCAGACUGAGGCAACAUGGGUAUAUACACUACCAAGUCAAUCACCAGAGGUUUUUUGUUCACCCUGCUACAGGAGCACAUACCCAGCAUAUAGAAAGGUCCUGGAGAACCUUUAAGCAAGAGGUGUACUGUUUCAGAGGCAACAUGACUGAGAAGUCACUGAGAGAGAUCCUACAUUUUAUUGAGUGGAACUACUGGCUGGGUAGACAACACAGAAAUGGACCCCUUGGUUGCCUUUUCAAGGAUAUAAGAGCCAUACAUCCAGUACAAUAACAUCACCCCUGUGGCUGGAGCCUUUUUGCAUGGAGUUUGUAUGUUAUCUCCAGAUCUGUGUGGGCUCUCUCUGGCUACUCUGGCUUCCUCCCACAGUCAUGCAUGGGGUUAGAUAAAUUGGUGAUUCUAAAUUAGCUCUAGGUCUGACUGUGUAAAUUGACCCUAGUUGUAAAUGUGAAUAGUUCGUCUCGGCAUUAGCCCGAUGACAGACUGGUGACCUGUCCAAUGUGUAGCCCAUCUCCCGCAAAUGACAGCUGAGACAGGGUCCAGCUCCCCUGGAAAAAAUGCAUAGAUGGAUGGCAUUUUGUUUUUGUGUAUUGGACAUUUAAAAUAUGUAUUCCAUUGUCAUCCAGAUAUAAAAUGUGCUGUGACAGAGGAUCUUCUACACUCCUAUGCAAUUUCAAAAACUAUUUUAAAUAGACCUCUUAGCUAUGCUUAAUAUUGUGAUCCUCAAACAAAUACAAUGCAGUUAUUUUCCAGCGAGCUUUUAAUGAGUGUU